GUAAACUGGAGCUUCCUUUUCUCUCCCUCCAAACAGGAAGCUGUGAUCAUAAUGGCCUUCUCCAAUUGGGCGAACCUACCGUCAUACAACUGAACUAUAAUGGAUUUGGUUAUAGAUAUGGAGCAUGGGGCAAAGAUUCAAUUCCACCCCUUAAUAAAAAGGAGCUAUAUUGGGUGGCACCACUCAACACAGAUGCACGAACACUGUAUUCCUUCACUGUCUAUUAUUCACUCAACGAUUUACUCCUUAAUAAAAAUCCAAUAACGAAAUCAUUUCCAAGUUCAUAUAGAGCACAGGGAAGUGGAAUGGUUUUGUACAAUAAUUUUUUGUAUUACAACUGUUACAAUACCAGAGACAUGUGCAGGUAUGACAUAGACUCAGGCAGAGUGCAGAGCCAGACUCUUAAAGAUGCAGCUUACAAUAACAAGUAUUCUUAUGCGGGCAUCACAUACCAAGACAUAGACUUUGCUGUGGAUGAGUCUGGCCUUUGGGUCAUUUACUGCCCUGAAACAAAUGCCGGGAAUGCCGCUAUUGGUAAGAUUAAUGAGGCCACCUUCACUGUGGAAAAGACAUGGGUCACCAGGCUGUACAAACCUAGUGUGACCAAUUCUUUUAUAAUAUGUGGGGUUCUGUAUGCAAUUCGGCCUGUACAACCACAGUCUGAGGAAAUUUUCUACGCAUUUGACACCAAAACUGGGAAGGAAGAUUCGAUUUCUAUAACAAUGGAUAAGAUCCUGGAAAAACUGCCAAGUGUUAACUACAAUCCAGCCAAUCACAAACUCUACGUGUACAAUGAUGGCUACCAGCUGACUUAUGAUGUCAUCUUCGGACGUGAACCACCAGUGAGCAACAGUCGUAUUGCCAAUUGAGUAAUUAGCAAUUAACAAUCAAGCAACUCGGUCUGGAAAUAAUGGUGGGGUGGGGGGGGGGUGUAAAUCCUUUGAGGAAUUUUUGUGCUUGAAUCUCAGGUUAGAUUUUAUCUCAGGUUUUGAACUCAGUUACAGCUGAAAGUUACUGUCACAGUAAACAGCUUUGGUAUAACUGAACCCAGACUUGGUGAAAUUCCAGUCGACCAAUGAAUGUUCGGAAGUAGGCCAGGUCUUGUGUGGAGCUGUAUUUGAACUGAGAUUUCACGUAACUAACACUCUCAAGUGAUACUGUGUCAAUGUGAAGAGGUUUAUCUCUAGAACAAUGGUAACAUUCUGUCUGCGUGAUUAAUUCUGGAUGUGACGGUUCAUUUAAUAUCUGGGAUGAUUAUCCAAGCUGUAUAACAUGCCAUUGGUGUAAAACUCAUUCCUGAUUAGCGCAUUCAUUCGUUUUCUGUCUUUCUUGAAUUUGUCAAAUGCCAGAUAUAAUGGUUUGGAGGUUUCUGGAAUUCUUAACAAAUUUAAUAAUAAAUAUCAGCAUCUACAAAGGA